CACUUUUGCAGAUUGCUAUAAAUAGAACGGGUGUAGCAAUGAUUGUGUGAUCGUCGGCCUUGUAAAGAAGACAACAAUUGACCAAAUAUGUUGGGUAUUUUUAUAUAAACCCCAGCGAGCAGAUGUAACCGGCACCUGCUACCGCUGGAAAUGGAGAAACUUAAGCUACGGUUCCACACAUAUCUGAAAAAGAUUUUAAUAGAGGAGCUCGAUUUUUCAGAAGAAAUAAAAUUUCAAGUUUCAUCAGAUAUCUGCGUGGACAAUUUUGAGAAAAUAUCUUUCUUAUGGAAAGACCAAUUUUUGAAAAGUACUCACAGGGAGGAUUUUCUUCAAAUCCAAAGAACAGUUUUACAAGAUGUAGUUGGUUGUACGGAGUUAUCUACCCUACGAGACAUAGGACUGGUAUUUCUGAAACCAUUAACAAACGCGGCGAUACAGACCGAACCUCACACAUAUGUUCAUGUGGAAAUUCAGACAGAUCAAGACCGAAUAUAUAAAGCAAAUGAGUUAGGAUCUCUUAAAGAAAAGAAAAUUUGCCAAGAUGUGUCCACACAGACAGACUUUGAAGAUAAGGUUUCCGUUUCCCCUGACAUGGAGCUAUCCGUCAGCACACCAUCUGUGGUCCAGGAUUCUGUGUUGUCGGACAUUGAAUCCAUUAGUCCUCCCAUCAAGACUACUGGGCCUCCAGGCAAACGACUAAGGAAACUUACAAUUAAUCUUGUGUCGAAUGAGAUUAAAACAGAAAAUUGUGAUUCAGACUAUGAACCACCCGAGUUUGGUGAAACAACGGAUGAUAAUUCGGACACCGGAGGGGAUCAAGAGGUGGUGGUCAUCAAACCGACACCAGUUAUGUCCCCUGAUGACGAGAAAUCGGCAUCAUCGCUCCGACAGGAAGAGCUCACGUGUCCACUUUGUCCGUCCAAAUUCCGGAGUCAGCAGGGAGCUGAGAAACAUUUGAGAGUGAAGCAUGACAUUGGAAACGUGUACAUCUGUAAAAUCUGUCAGGACAUUUGUCCAUCGAAUACAGCAAUGCAUGAGCACAUGAUAACUAAGCAUGGAAUAGAAGAUCUGCCUGCUGUUGAAAAGCGUAGGAAAAGAAGGAGAAAAAAUUUGCCUCAGACAUUUAAAAAAGCGAAGGUCUCACCCAUUCAGAAACCCAUGUCAAAACUAAAGUCUAAGAAUACUCGUAAAAAGAGGCCUGCCAGUGGUGGUAAUAAACCUGAUGUGAUCAAACAUAAAUGUUCUCACUGUCCGAAACUGUUUAACGCGGUGACAGCCAUGCAGCGCCACAUGCGGGCUAACCAUCAAUUUUCAGCUGUACAGAAAUGUAACCAGUGUUCUAAGACAUACCUGUCGGCUCGAGCGCUGAGACGACAUAUCACCACCACACACCAGUUCUCGCGGCACCAGUGUGAACUGUGUGGGAAAGAGUUCACUAGUAAGGAAUCUCUCUAUCACCACAAGCGGGGUCUACACAGUGACAGCAAACCUUACAAAUGUGAACAGUGUGGCGCCUCCUUCAACUUCAACCACAGCCUGCGACUACAUCAGUUAAAACACACUGGAAAACGUCCACACAAGUGUACGUUGUGUGAUAAAAGUUAUCUCACCUCCAACCACCUCAAAAUGCAUGUGGAAGGAGUGCAUGGAAACAAGAAGAAGUAUUCCUGUAGUAUCUGUGGUAAAGCGUUUUCCUAUACGACCAGCCUGCGCGUUCAUGAGAUGUCCCACGGUAACAUUCGUCCCUAUAAGUGUAAGUCAUGUGGGCUUGGUUUUAUUAACAGCCAUGCCCUUAAGUACCACACCGAGUCAAAACACGCUGCCGACCUCUGGUUUACUUGUGAUAUCUGUGGCAAGGAAUACAAGACAGAAUUUUUGAUGAAAACGCAUCGGCGCCGUCACACAGCGGAUGGAACCCGGUUCAUGUGCGAUAUAUGUGGCCAUUUGUUUAUGUACAAAAGUACCCUGGAGAUCCACGCAGCCGUCCACAGUGAAGAAAAGGCCUUUCAGUGUAGUACAUGUGGUAAGUCAUUCAAAACCUACGCAACCUUGUAUUCUCACCAGUACGUCCACAAGACAGAGAUGCCAUAUGAGUGUCAAGACUGUGGCAAGGCAUUUAAAACGAAGGAGAGAUGCAAGGCACAUCAGCGGCGACAUUUGGGACUGAAGCCUUUUGACUGUGAUCAGUGUGGUCGGUGUUUUCCAGACAAGGGUGGACUCACCAAGCACAAGAAGACUGUACACUGUGUCGAGAAGAAACACGUCUGUAGCUACUGCGGUAAAGCCUGCUCAAGGGCAGACAACCUACGUGUGCACAUGAAGGUGCAUGAAAAAAAUACAACCAACCCAGGCAAAAAUGUGUCUGGAUUAGCUGGAUCAGGAGUUCCAGCUCCUGUCGUGAGAAAGAGCCGGUCACUUGCUAAAAUAGAUGCUAAACUGACUACACCACCUAUUGACAAUCAGAUGGAUUCUGUUCCAGUAUAUAGGGUAGAAAGUGAACUGGACCGUAUAACCUCAGAACAUGGUUAUGAACGCCUUAUAGAGAACCUUAUAGACAGAACUAUGGAUAAACCGGGGGAUCCCAAACUGACAUUCACCCAGACUAGACCAAACCUGGGUGGAUCUGUGCCUCCCACUACUUCUGUCACCCCCGGGGGUGAGAGCCUCGGGAGCAACAUUUCUCCUGUACCUAUAUCCCCUCCCCUGCCCCGAGUGUACACUGAUCCAGCCCAGUCUUACGAGUCAGAGUCAGGUCCCCAUAUUGUGCCCCUCCCUAUAGCUAUGACCUCUCAGGAUGGGCCUACAGGACUUCAGCAGGCCCCACUGGGGGUCGGUACACCACUGCCCUCAAACACCACAGCAUUGCCACUGCCACCCCCUCCCCCCUCCGCUCCUUAUAUGUACAUGUGGCCUUACAUGCACCCCCCCAACCAGAGUACUAGCCAAUCCCAUGAAAGCAACUUCUACUGAGUAUGUGCAAUACCUGGAUCUUAUGAACAGGCCUCCUGCUAUAGUGAUCAUGCAUUGUGAUGCCUGAUUGGUGCUGCUUAACUUGUUAUGUGAUGAUAGUUAUGAGUCAGCACACUAAGAUUUCUGCCUACAGUAUAUUUUGUCCCUCUGGAGGAGGAUAAUCUGAUAACUAAUUUUACGGUCACCUACCUACAGGAACCGAGUUAUAUUUAAUUACUUCAAGUGAUCAUUACAAUUUCUAUUUCAUUCCACUUUUCCAGACUGUUUGCAUUGCCAGAAACCUUAUAUGGAGACUGACAUUAAAAUUCACUGUGAAUAUUUCUUUCAAGUACAAGUCAUGAGGUUUUACAAAUUAUUUCUCCCAGACAUCAUUUUUGUGAAUGAAUGAUUUAAAGAAUCUUUCUGUCACUUCGAGGCGAGAUAAAAGGAGGUCAACCCGAGGGGAAGACACUCAAAUUACCCAACACAAAGCUUAACGAGUGUUAGCUAGUUAAGAAAUCUUCCCUCAAAGAUGAUGAUCCCCCAUGGCCAUCUCCUCUACGGGGACGGAAUACUUCUCUCUUUCAGUUUUGGGCAAUUCAUAUAUGCCACGUUGAGUUGACCUUAUGUAGUUGAUGUAUUGCAUUGCUGAUGUCACAUUAGUGCUUCUUAACAUAUAUGUCAUAUACAAGGGUAUCUCG